AUGUCAGAUUCCAACACAACUGCUUUCAAGAACCCCUCUACCUUCAUCCUGCUGGGCAUUCCUGGGCUGGAGGCAGCCCACGUCUGGAUCUCCAUCCCCUUCUGCACCAUGUACAUCAUAGCCAUCUUGGGGAACUUCACCAUCCUGUUCAUCAUUAAGAUGGAGCCGAGCCUCCAUGGGCCCAUGUACUAUUUUCUCUCCAUGCUGGCUGUCACUGACCUGGUCCUGACUACAUCUACCCUGCCCAAAUCACUGAGUAUCUUUUGGUUCAAUUCCAGGGAGAUUGAUUUCAGUGCCUGCUUCACCCAGAUGUACUUCAUUUACUGCUUCUUAGAGAUGGAGUCUGGGAUUCUUGUAGCCAUGGCUUUGGAUCGUUACGUGGCCAUCUGCGACCCCCCCCUGAGAUAUUCCACCAUCCUAACAAACCCCCUGGUGGCCAAGAUCGGCCUGGCUGUGUUGCUGCGCGGCUGCAUGGUCAUACUGCCCAUUCCCAUCCUGGCGAGGCAAUGGCCAUAUUGCAGAACCAACAUCAUCCCCCAGCCAUACUGCAUGCAUAUAGCCGUGCUGAAUCUGGCCUGCGCCGACACCCGUGUCAGUAGUUACUAUGGCCUCUUUGUGGUAUUCUGUGUGAUGGGUCUGGAUGUGAUUUUGAUCGCCGUGUCCUAUACCCAGAUCCUCAGGGCCAUCUUCAGCCUCCCCACAAAGGACGCCCGGCUCAAGACUUUUGGGACCUGCAGCUCCCACCUCUUUGUCAUUUUAGCCUUUUAUAUACCAGGUCUCUUGUCCUCCCUCACGUACCGGUUUGGCCAUAAUGUGCCUGGGCAUUUCCAUGUUCUCAUUACCAACGUAUACCACUCGAUGCCCCCCGCGCUAAAUCCCAUCAUCUAUGGGGUGAGGACCAAAGAGAUCCGUGGGAGGCUGCUCCAGCUCUUUAUUCAUGAAGGGACCUAA